AUGUCUGGGCCUGCUUUGGCUUUGGUCGUGCAAUCCAGUCCACGACCAGCACUGAAGAUUUGGGAUGUUAAGCGUGAAAGUUGUGUGGAAGAGUCUACGUCGAGUGACUCAGCGAGCUACUCAUGGGCAAAAGCGGUUGCCGCAGAUUUCACCACUUGGGACAUCCUUCUCUGUACACGGAAGUCAUAUUUGGAACUGUGGGACAUGCGGAAGCUCCAUGAUCCUGUGGCUAUAAGCGCCCCAAAUGUGGGUGGGACAAAGACCUUGCGAGCCGACUUUCCCGCAAAGCGAGCACUGUCGUCUUCUGCGGAUGGGGUGGUUCAUGUUGUUGACCUUUCCUCCAGCCUCCACACGAUGAAGAGUCUGCCAGGGCACAUGGAUGAGGUGACGUGGGCUUCCGUUGACUGGGGCAGUGAGAACAACCAGGUCAUCCGUGCCGCCACCAUCUCUGUGGAACAAGAUGUUCUUUUCUGGGACGUGGCAUGGUCCCAACUGCAGCUUCCACCAGAGGAUCAGCAGAGCGAGAACGCAGGGGACAGUGCAGAGCCAACUCAGCACCCAUUCUGGCACCCCAGGCGGCUUACUGAGGGCCAUCAAUACCGAUCACGUGUUGCGGCCUACAAUGCCACCGCCAGGUACAACCAGAUCAGCGCAUUUACGGGGUCUGCAGAUGGGAUGGUACACUCCUGGAUUGUCGAUGACAUGGAUCACGAUCACCUGCACCGAGGUGGAAGCCCACUCGUUGGACACACAGAUCAGGUGACGAGCCUUGUUGCAGACUGGCAUGAUCGGUUUGUCCUCAGUGGGUCUUGUGAUGGCACGCUGCGCUUGUGGAACUUCGCCGGCCAUCACUGCGAAGGUGUGCUCGUGGGCCACCAGGGCUCCAUUCGGACCACAGUCGCAGACUGGACACAACGGAAGGCCAUCAGCACCUCCAUGGAAAGCGUACACAUAUGGGACUUGGGCACGCGACAGGAGGCCUUGGAGAGAAGCCCGAUUGCAACGUUGGAGGUGCAAGGUGGUGUCUGUGAGAUGUUGGCGACAUUCUCGGCACGAUCUGCAGCCUUUGUCAGUCGAAUGGGCAGCAUUGAGUUCUGGGAUUUGGAUCAUUCGGCACGAAUUUAUUCGCUUCAAGGCCACCCGGGGACUUUAUUUGCAGUUCACUUGGGCGAACAUGUUGAAGCCAGCAAAACUACGGAAAGUGCUGAGAUGGGCAGCGGGGCUAGAGAAGGACUGGAAUGGAUGGGCAGCUUGACGCCGGCGUUGGCUGGGUCCUGUGCCUCGGGGUGGUCCAGAUCCGCUUUCUGA